AUGAUGACCUCCAAAAAAGAAGAGAUGAGCACAAACACCAUGCAAGAUGGAAAUUCAUUAAUUACUAAGGAUGAUCCUAACUCACCAUUGAGUCCCAAAGCUAUUAAAGCAAUUGAGAUAUGGGAGAUAGGUGUUGAAAAGGAGAAGGAUGGCAAAAUGACCGAUGCCAUUAAGUAUUAUAGAGAUGCAAUUAGAUUAUUUGAAGGUGUCGAAAAACUAUAUAGGAAGAAGUUGCAUGAUGAAUGGAUUAUAUUUCAGAAGAUGGAGAAACUGAAUCUAGAAAAUACUGCUGCAAGCAACGAUACCGAAGAUGGGACUGAUAAAAAUGAUGGAGAACCAAAAGAAAUAUUGCCGUGCUGGAUAUUAGAGAUGCUACCUAAUGAUAUUCUACUGAACGUUGUUAACCAUACCGUACUCCAGUCAGGCGAAGGUUGGUUUAAUCUGUCAUUAACGUGCUCUAAAUUUAAUGAAUUAUGUUUUCAUAACUCACUACCUUACAUAACAUUCUCUAACUAUAUAUACCCAAAACAAAUUUACGAUGAAAGUGCGAUGACAUUAAAUGGGAUAAGUAAUAUCGAUGAAUUGGAAAAAGAAUUGUGGAAUAAUGAUAGCCAACUAAUGCUUCAAGUGAGACCAUAUAUCAAGUUUGAUGGUAUUUAUAUCAGUGUCGUUAAUUAUUUAAGACACGGUUCUAACAUUGAAGGUUCCUCUUCUUUACUUAACCCAAUUCAUAUGAUCACUUAUUAUAGAUAUCUUAGAUUUUAUCCAAAUGGGGAAUGUUUAAGAUUAACCACCACUGAUGAACCAUCGUCUAUAGUCAAAUUAUUCGAUAAAGAGCAUAAACCGAAAGGAAGUGAUUUAUGUCGCUGGUCUUUAGGAUUUGAAGAUAACUUCAGUCAUGUCACAAUCAUGAGAUCUGAUGAAAAAUACACAUACAGAGAAGAAUUACAAAUUAAACAUCAUGGCCAUAAAAGAAACCAAAGAUUGAAAUGGGUAAUCUCAUCAGUGAUUGACAAGGAAGGGACUGUAUCCGAAUGUUCACUAAGGAAUGAAAAGACAUUUUUCUUUUCGAGAGUAAAAUCGUAUUCUCAACAUAAGGGCUCAAAAGUUAACAAGUAG